AUGCCUAAUACCAUCGUCCCUUCACACAGAUACACAUCGCAAGGAGACCUUGGGCCAGACAUCCAGGGCAGAGUCGGGUCCAGGAAAACAAAGAGAGUAUCUUUCGCAGAGGUCCUGUCAAGCGCCUCAGACGGAGAGAAUAGCCAGUAUUGGGGUCAGACAAGAGAGGAUGAGGAGAGAAGGGAACCUUGGCUACAGGGAGAAGAGACUGCAUCACAUCCAGCUUCGGAAGAUACUCCUCACUCAUCACAUGAGGGUGACGACGAGGCAUUAAGUGAAGUAGUAGAUACCUCAUUAGUGACCUACGUGACUCUGUCGCAAGAUAACAGGGGGAAGGCACGGAACCUGUCUCUUCAGAACUCGGUGUCCCAGAAUGUGGAAAAUGAGAGCAUUCAAAGCGUAACCGUCAAGAAACUGCGUGAAGUACAGUUCAGCCCAACCACCUUCAGAAGAAGGACGAUCACACCUGACCUGAAUGUAACUGAGCAACUUAGUUUGUCAAGUGCUUUGCGUGAAGCGGCUGGUAAGUUGGAAGAAGAGUCGCGUAAGUUACGGAACAUCAAGAGCCACAAACUGGAUGUUCCUGAGAGCUGUCACGGUCAUUUGGAUCCACAAGAGGCGACAGGGUGGCAUGUUGGUGAGAAAUCGGAUUUUAUGGAGAGUUUACAGGCUACUCAUGCGGUACAAAGCACCAAGGUGUCUAUUAGCUGUGGGGUAACAACUGCAACAUCAUCUGAAUAUUGGACCCGGGAUGAUUUACAGAGAGAAGACAGAGAAGAAAUCCCUGGGAAAGACCUUGAAGGAAGAGAGCAACAUGCUCACAAGACCCUCCUCUUCGACCCCGCCUUCGUGUUCGAGAGGAAGGAAAAUGAGGGACAGUAUGUUGCUGAGGGUGACAUAGGCUCUGAAAGCUGUUCAGUUGCUCUAAAGCACGAAGAGGGCAGUUCAGACAAAGAAGAUGACGGGAAGAAACUUUCAGAGAGAAGGAAACUGCAUUCCUAUUACGAUGUGAAAGAAGAAAUUGGAAGGGGAUCGUGUGGUUUUGUGAAGCGAGUUGUCAGUAAGCAGACUGGUGCGUCCAGUGCAGCCAAGUUCAUUCCGCUCAGGAGAAGCACCAGUUCCCGGGCCUUUAAGGAACUCGCCCUCUUAUCCAGAGUUAACCAUCCGAGGAUCACCUGCUUGCUGGACAUGUUUGAGACCAAGAGGACGCUGGUCCUGGUGCUGGAUCUAUGUUCUACUGAAAAACUGUUGGACCAUUUGCUCAAAAAGGAUGUAGUCGCUGAAGUCGAGAUUAAGACCUACAUCCAGCAGAUUUUGGAAGGGAUCCAAUAUCUCCAUGACAAGCUCAUCCUUCACCUUGAUAUUAAGCCAGCCAACAUUUUAAUGGUGCACCCGGAGAGAGACAGCAUAAAGAUAUGUGAUUUUGGGUUUGCACAAGAGCUGUCGCCUGGCCAGUUCAGCAAAUACGGUUCCCCUGAGUUUGUGGCCCCUGAAAUCGUCUGCCAGGAUCCAGUCUCAAAGGCCACUGAUAUAUGGUCUAUUGGAGUUAUCGCAUUUUUAUGUUUGACAGGCAGUUGCCCCUUCGCCGGUGAAAAUGACAAGACAACACUGAUGAACGUCAGGGAAGGGUCCUUCUCGUGGGCUGAGCGGGAUUUGGAGUGCGUAAGCGAAGACGCUCGAGAUUUUGUUGAAGGAAUUAUCAAAGUAGUUCCCGAGGACAGGCCAACAGCAGGACAGUGUUUGACGCACCGUUGGCUUCAGGAAAAACAAGAAGUCCAAGAGGCAUGCACGAUUAAAACAAAACGAUUGAAAUUCUUCAUAUCAAGAAACAACUGGCAGCGUUCCCUGACGUGCUACAGAUCAGUACUUGUGAUGCGAUCGAUACCCGGCUUGUUGGGCACAGCCCCCGAGGGCUCCUCUCUCGGAAUGCCUCGACACCUGCUUAAAGAACACAGCUCGUCCACCCCCAGCGCCUCCUCCUCCGAUUUGGAAGACUCCAGCUACCCUACAAAGGCGUUCACCGCUCCAGCUGCCAACCUGGGCACGCAGAAGAACCUCAAGCAUUCGGGGGAUGGAAAGGAACAAAGGGAACAACAACGGGGAUCUGUUUCUUCCUCGAGCGACUUUUCAGUCCAAGGUAGCAAUGGCGACAAGAGCUACGGGUCGGUCUUAAGCAGCAGUGUCGCUGUUGAAAGGCAACCGCAGAUAAUAUCCGAGCUGGGCUCGUGGGGCUUUCCUGAAGGAGCGGAAUCGACGAAUAUAUGUUCUCAACCCCUUGCAGAGCUCCGUCUGAGUAAAAGCAGCAUGGAAUCCUCCGUCUCUCAAGCAGCUACUGUGGGAAAAGGUGACUUUCCUGCAGAGGAGGGAGCGACAACCAGCAGCUCAGUGCGAGGAAUCUCAGCCGAUCGGGCUCUUGCACUUCCAAUACAGGGAGAGGAAAGGGCUCAGGCGUCAGUAGAUGGAAGCUCUAAGCCCCCGUGCACUCUUUUACCAAGACACAGUGUUAUCAGAAGCACCUUCUACAGUGAUGUGCAGGCAAGUCCUUUGCAACUGAGCAGAGAUCCGUCCGCAGAGCAAGGUCAAUACUCAAGUAGCCUCGAAAGCAUGAGGAAACGCAUUGUGCAGGCCGGCUACUCGACAGGAAACGUAAGUGGGCUACGGCAGCCGCUGCUGGAGUGCUUUCAGACGGACGCACAGGACCUAACAGCAGACAGAGCAUUGGGGUCGGCUUCAGUCAGCCCAGUCCCAACUGCCGAUAGUUUGCUUUAUUUUGUCGAGCAGAGUUCAAGAAAAAUCAAGUCACUCGAUGAGCUCGAAACCAAGGUCCUAGCUCAGCCCGCAGCCAGAGAAUCCGAGAGCGACACAUUGAAGCCCUUUCUGCUGUGUGAUGAGGACUCCGAGCCAGACUCCAGCGCAGUGGUUUUCGCUCAUUAUUCCAAUAUAGCACGACCCGUUUACUUAGGCCAACGGGAUUCAGCAGUGAUGGAGAGCCGGUCUGGAUUAGCUGAAGAGGCCAAAGGUUUAAGAUAUGGUUUAAAAUAUUCCACCAAAGGUAUUCCGUUGGCAGCCAAGGUAAACCAAUCUGCCCACAUUGGCUUUGUGUCUUCACCAUGCCCAGAAACAGGGACCGAUUUAGGGUUGGGCGUGGGAAAGAAGAUCUGUCUCACCAGCAGCUCAGAGAGUCACGAACGAUGUUCAGAGGCAGGGGCCAGUGCUUUCUGGUGGGGAUCACCAGAACCACAAACCACAACCCGAGCAGCGUCAACAGCUUCCAAUGAAGGAAUUGGCUUCGUUGGCUCGGGGUCCGUGAAGCAGUAUUCUGAUGACCCCAGUGUUUUACCUUCUGUUUCUCAGAGCAAGUGUCCUGACUCGCAAGGUUCUUCCAAGUGUCCCAGCAGACCCUCCUCAGCCCCCGCCUCAGAUCUCACCAGCCAAUGUCAGGAGGAAGCCUCAAGAGAAAACACCAGUUCUUCAUACUUCGAUGCGGUUAAAGUAGAGACUGAUUACUUUGACCUGUCUGACCCAUGUAGCAGUGAAUUGCUUAGGUCUAAAGAGUUUGAAGAGAAGAGCAUCUCAAAAAACAGACCCAUUCCUGCAGGCUAUGUAUCUAAAGAACAAUUUCCUUUAGGUGAUACUGAGGCAGCAAGCGCCAUUCAAUCAGAAGAUACAAUGUCUGCUGCAUCAUCUGAAGUCUCGUGCGAUGAGACUGGAUUAAUGGACGAUGGCUACAGAGACUUGGCCGUAGAUAUAUGGGAAUCGGAUAUGCUGCAAUUGCUUGACGAUACUGAGCUGGAUGAAGGCAAUGGUGGGGCUGGGGACGAGGCUGAGGGAGAGUCCGACAAGACGCGAAAGUCAUCGUUGGAACGGAAGAUGCACCAAACUUUUCAAAGUCUGAAGAAAACCUUCAAGACCUCGAGAGGUUCGAAGAGUUCGGCUUCUUCAAGCGACACAAGCUUGUCUCGCAGCGAAUCCCACGCUGAGACGCUCCCCAGGUCUACGUCAACGAAGUUUGGCAAAGCCGGCCUUUUAGGAUUGUUCAGGAGGUCCACCUCAUUAAACUGGGACCGAGGUUUGGCGGACAAAGAGGACGGGAGGAGUCGAUAUUCUCUCUCUGUGUUACAGGAUUUAGACUCACACGAGCGCUUACGGGAACUAAAGGGUAAGAAGAAAAGUAAGCCGUUGCCUGCCAGCCUGGAAGGCAGAAGUGCAGCUGAAAACUCUGGCCGACAGGAGAGACAGAAAGGGGAAUCAGACGAGACACCAGCCAGACCAGACCCGUUGAAAGUGGAAUUGGAUCAAAGCCAGUACAUGGAGAUUGUGAAGAUGCCGUCAAAAUCUGCUCCAAUCGCACUUGAAGAUGGGGCGGAGGAGAAGCCGGAGGAUUUACCAACACCCUCUGGGGAUGUCCCCAGUGACUCUCCAAAGAAAAAAUCUCGAUUGUUUUCAUUCCAAUUUCCCGGCACAAAACCAAAGGAGAAAGCGCCAUCUUUUCUCGAAGGCCUCCAAAACCAGUUGGUGGUCUUGAACCAGUCCGUGACCCUGUCCUGUACCCCCUCAGGCCGACCGAACCCUGCAAUCUACUGGUUCAAAGAUGACCUGCCGAUUUGCAGCAGUAAACGAAUGAAAUUGUCAGCUACAGUCCAAGGAUGCCAGCUGGUAACAAUCUGGAGCGUGACCGAGGAAGACCUUGGACGUUACGAAUGUGUGGCUGAAAACAGCUUGGGUAAAGCCUCGACUGGCUGCUGUGUGACUGGUGCAGCUGUGCCUCAUCGCCCGGAUUCACCUGAAGUAGCUCAGGUCUCUGACGAUGGAGCCCUCGUGAUCUGGAAGCCUGUGGAAUCCAACACGCCAGUAACAUACGUCAUCGAGUGUCGGAGAAAGGGUGAAAGCUGGAAAACUAUUUCAUCGGAUAGCUCCGAAUGCAACUAUUACGCCACUAACUUGCAGAAAGGUGAAGCAUAUUCCUUCAAGAUCGGAUGCUUCAACAAGGCUGGAAAAGGACCAUUUAGUCAGCCGUCUGUGGAAGUUGUCAUUGGAGAGACCGAAGUUCAGUCGCACAACAUCCACGGCAAGAGGCUGACACCAGUACAUCAGGCAUACACAUUCUGUACAGAAUUGAACAGAGGCAGAACCAGCAUUAUCAAAGAGUGCACGGAGAUCUCCUCCGGGAAGUCAUUUGCGGCUAAGAUCACUGCCUACAAGAGGCAGAACCAUCCCUUCGUGCUGAGAGAGUAUGAAACACUGAGGAAACUCCAUCACCGCAGCAUCGUGGAACUGCACGCCGCCUACAUCACACCCAAGUACCUGGUCCUGAUCCAGGAGCUGUGCCGAGGGACAGAGCUGCUUCACCACUUAGCAGCAAGAGCUUCCUACACGGAGCACGAGGUGGUGUCGCUGCUCGAGCAGUUACUCGGCACCGUCCAGUUCCUGCACUUCAAUCACACGCUUCACCUCGAUCUGAGGUCAGAAAACAUGAUGAUCGUGGAGGGCGAGAAGCUAAAGCUGCUGGACUUCGGCAGCGCCCAACAUCUCACUGCUGCCCGUCCUGCCCACGUGGGGAAAUGUGGAGACUUUGUGGAGAAUAUGGCUCCAGAAAUCCUUGAUUGUAAGGAUUGGUUCCCGAGACUGAUAUCUGGGCAGUUGGUGUUCUGACCUUUACCAUGUUGAGCGGAGAUUGUCCUUUCACAUCCGAUAAAGAGUCCGACAAGGAAAAAAACAUAAGGAAA